AACGCGGAGAUCAGCGCGAGGCAAGACGAGGCUCAGCGGCGCCGACAGAAACAAGCCGAGGAGGAGAAGAAACGGCUCGAAGAGGACGCGGAGGCCGAAAGAAGGCAGGCUGCAGAGGAGGCUGAGAAGAAACGCUGUGCCGAGGAGGAGGAGAACCGCCGCCGCAAGGAGAAGAUGGAGAAGAAGCGCCAAGAGGCACUGGAGAGGAAGCGCCACGAGGACGCGGAGAGAAAACAUCGGGAAGAGGAGGAGGAAGCCAAGAAGCGUCGCGAGGAG